AUGGGUGAAACCAAAGGAGAUAACCUCAAGAAGGCGCAGCAGAAGCAACCGCAACCGCAACAAGCGCAGCAGCAGCAAAUUUCAGCCUCUCCAAAUGACCCCCUUGACGAAGCAUCACCGUGUACGGUAGUUGUGACCGGAGCAACUGCACCUUUUAAUAUUCCGGCUCCAUUAUACGUUCCGAUCAGUGGUGCAACAUCUUCUUCGUUACCCUUCGAUCAACCACAAUUUGAGGCGGUGAAUCCCAAAAGACCUAGAUACACUAGUACUGGCCAAUGGAAGCUUCUACCAUCCCCGUCUUCCCAACAAAAACAGACUCCUACCCAAACGCCGUCCCCCAACCAGAAAACCCAGCCCCAAUCUCAUACUACUACUGGAGGUUCUUCGUCAGAUACAGAUUCAUCCCCACCUCACUCUCCUCGCCCGUCUCUCUCCGCAACCUCAGGCCAAGACACAACCAAAACAGAAGGAGAAGAACAUAACCCAUCUCUUCACCGCACUCAGUUCCGAAGAGGCAAGUAUGUCAGCCCGGUAUGGAAGCCCCACGAGAUGUUGUGGCUAGCCAAGGCUUGGAGGGCUGUUUAUCAAAGCCAAGGCUCCGACGGGUCCGGUUCAUCUUCAAGAACUGAACACCACUCUGAUAUUCCCGGUCAACCCACCAGAGCCAAAACAAGGGCUGAUAAGGACAAGGAAGUAGCCGAGUUUCUUCAAAAGAAUGGGAUCAACCGAGAUGCCAAAACUGCCGGUACAAAAUGGGAUAAUAUGCUCGGUGAGUUUAGAAAAGUCUACGAGUGGGAAAGAGGAGCUGAGAGAGAACAACUUGGGAACAAGAGCUAUUUUAGGCUUUCACCUUACGAGAGGAAGCUUCACAGAUUGCCUGCUUCUUUUGAUGAAGAGGUAUUUGAUGAGCUCUCACAGUUCAUGGGGUCUAAGAUGAGGACUCCUCCUGUUAGCGGAGCCGCUGAUAGCACACGGACUCAAUCUCUUUAUGUCACCACAAGUACUGUUUUGCCGCAACCACCUUCAUUCAGAGACGAAGAUCUCCCUCUCUCAGGUAGGGCAAGGCAGCUAAUGAUCAUGAGCGCUGGUGGGGAACUACCUUUUAACCCCGGCGGAAGAUCGGGAAGUCUGUUAGGGUUUGAUCAUCUACCUCACUAUCAUCACCAGGCUUCACUAGACUACGCUGUAGGUGUUUCUUCAUCGAUUUCCUCGACGAAGGAGCUUCGUCGAAUUGGGAAAAUUCGAAUGACAUGGGAAGAAUCCGUUAGUUUGUGGGGUGAAGAAGGUGAGCACCACCGUGGGAGAAUCAAGAUUCAAGGUGGCUCCAGCUUCUUGAAUGCGGACGAGCUAGCUUUCUUUGAUGAUUCUAUGGUUGCUUGCACCAUGGAAGCUUUCGAAGAUGGUCCUCUCAGAGGAUUCUCUGUUGACCGAUUUGUGUCUGGUCAACAAGUCAAGGUCUUUGGCCGACGAAAACCCGCCACCCCAGGUACUAAAACGACGACAUUGUGACCAGAGUCAUUUUAUGUUAAGACCAAUUAUCUCAACCUGGUUCAAAUGGUUGCAGCAAUGCCUCCAUGGGAAUUUCAAGAUCCAAGUGAAUGCUACAUUACUAGUCUUCGAGUUCCAUCCCAAUCGCUUCCAAGCUUAUCAGAGCUCUCAAGCUACAUACAACAGCCACCGCCUGAAGAACUCCGAAUUCCACUCCGGAAAGACGUUUACCGGGACUUGCCACAGGGGAGAGAGGCUUUCUUCACUGCAUCCAAUGAUUCAUUAGAUUGUAGAGCCAUCACGUACGAUAUUGUCAGCCCCAUUAUUCGAAGCAACUAUGGUCUUAGUACUGCCACUAGUAGAGACUCUUUCAUUGGCCUUUGGGAUGACUGCAUCAAUAGGUUCGUGUACAAGUUCUGUUGUGUCAACAUGGUUUUCAUUCGAAAGGCUACUUCAAUAUCAAUGACUGAAGCUUUGCAAGAUCAAUGGCCAAGUGUGACGGGGUUCGUGAAAAACUUCUGUUUCUGGAGAGGUGAAGAGACAGAUCAAGUACGAGAUGGUCACAUUCAUCCUUCAAAAUCGUUGGUGGAGAAACUUCAAUGGACAUAUAAUGAUCUUCCUUAUAUUUUCGGGUACUACUCUGUAGGAGAUUUGGUCACAUUUUGUGCUUUAAGUAAAGGAGGACAAGAUCGAAUUAUUCAGACUAACUUACAGACGCUUGAUCUAUCUUUGCCAUCGGAUAGACUGAAAGCCCUAGUCUUGUGUUACAGAGUUGCUGGGUUACUGCCCUUGCUAGCCGAUAGAUGCUUAAACGUCAACAGUGGGGCUACAUGUUCUAGCAACGGGGGUUCUAUAAGUUACAAGCUCGGUCCUUAUAGUGAUUUUGAGAGGGUUGAUUUGCGUAAUGGAAAUACUGUUGAGAUGACCCCUAAUACAGUGACUAGAUUUUUCUCCAACCAAAGAAAGUGGUCAGCGGUCAAAGAAAUCUACGAUGUCCUUGAUCAGAGAAUACCCCAUGCAGAGUAUAUUCACAGGUCCUCGGAGAAAGACUUGGCUUUGGUGUUCAGGCCAAGAGGAUACAAAUUCAAACCAAGAAACUGCGCGGAGCUCGUAGAGGCGCUCAAGUUCGUGACCAAAGCUCUGGUGGCGCUGCACGACUUGUCGUUCAUGCACAGGAGCAUAGGCUGGGACAAAGUGAUGAGGGGCACGGAGAGGGACAACGAGUGGCUCCUUUGUGGGUUCGACGAGGCGGCUGGUGCACCACAGUUGAAUCCACACCAGGUUGCUGCGGCGGAGCGUGGAAAACACGCGCCAGAGCUGGAGAGGGCCUUGCAUGGGGUGAAAGUGGACGUGUGGGGUGUUGGUCACCUGGUGAGAACUUGUGGGUUGGCAGUUGUGCCAAAGAUGCUCAGGGAGCUCCAGAAUCGCUGUUUGGAACAAAACCCAGAGCUUAGGCCAACUGCAGCCGAAUGCUACCACCACCUGCUUCAGCUGCAGUCGUCACUGUCGGUUGUCACCACGAUGAUGUGA